UCUCGGCUCAGAGACAGCCCUCAGAGCUCACUAGCGCAACUGUUAGAGCAGACUAGAUUGACAAACACAUAGACUCCCAAACACAACAAAAGUCAAACGCCCUAAAAACAACAUCUAUCCAAGAAGGUCAGCACCUGACUGGAAAAGUAAUUUCACACUCAAAACAAAUCAAGAUUAAUCAGAUGAUUAAUUUUGACGAGUUUUAGGGAAUGUGCAUAAAGGACAGUUGUGAUUUUUUCUGCAAAGACAAGUGGAUUUUUAUUCAUCUGUGAAACCAGCCGGACAGCUGGCGAAGAGUUGUGGAGCAAGCAGCCCUCAGCAUCCUCCUGGUGUGAACAGAAGUGUGUGGACUGAGAUUCCUCCUGCACCUGUGAGCCAGUCUGCAGCUCCAGCACCAGAGCAUGGCUGCAGCCAAGACGGAGAUGAUCCUCCCAGCCCUGCAGAUCUCGGAGCCCCUCAGCUUCCCUCACUCCCCCAUGGAUAACUACCCCAAGCUGGAGGAAGUGAUGAUGCUCAGCUCUGCAGGGACACCCUUCCUCACCGCCUCCGCACCCGAGGGUGCAGGCUUUGGAUCCGGCGAGCCCGGAGAGCAGUAUGACCACCUUACUGGAGACACAUUACCAGAUCUCCCCUUCAACUGUGACAAAUCAGAACAGACUUACUCCACCCAGAGGCUGCCGCCCAUCUCGUACACGGGGCGCUUCACACUGGAGCCCGCCACCUCCUGCAGUAACAGCUUGUGGGCCGAGCCCAUCCUGGGCCUCUUCACUGGGCUCAUGAGCAGUGUUCAGUCCAACUCCAGUUCUUCCUCCAGCAGCUCUCAGACCUCCUCUUCCUCCUCCACUGUCUCUGCUCCAGUCUCCUCCUCCACCUCCACCUCCCCCUCGUCCUCUGCGGCCAGCCUCAGCGCCUCCAUACACCACAGCGAGCCCAACCUCAUCUACACCGCCGCCCCUGCCUACUCAAGCCCCAACUCAGACAUCUUCCCUGACCAGGGCCAGGGCUUUAGCUCAGGGGGAACAGUACAGUACCCUCCCCCUGCGUAUCCUAACAGUAAAACCUGUCCCAGCAGCUUCCCAGUGCCCAUGAUCCCUGACUACCUUUUCCCUCAGCAGCAGGGGGAGAUCAGCUUGGUCCCCCCAGACCAGAAGCCCUUCCAGAGCCAGCCCAGCCAGCCCUCGCUGACACCCCUGUCCACCAUCAAAGCCUUUGCCACACAGACUGGUUCUCAGGACUUAAAAAGUGUGUACCAGUCCCAGCUCAUCAAGCCUAGCCGCAUGCGCAAGUACCCCACGCGGCCCAGUAAGACCCCUCCACACGAGCGACCGUACGCAUGUCCCGUGGAGACAUGUGACCGGCGCUUCUCUCGCUCAGAUGAACUGACACGACACAUCCGCAUCCACACGGGACAGAAGCCCUUCCAGUGCCGCAUCUGCAUGCGCAACUUCAGCCGUAGCGACCACUUGACCACGCACAUACGUACACACACAGGAGAGAAGCCCUUCGCCUGUGAGAUCUGUGGCCGGAAGUUUGCCCGCAGUGACGAAAGGAAAAGGCACACAAAGAUCCACCUGCGGCAGAAGGACAAGAAGGCAGAAAAGGCAGGAGCUGUAGUAACAGCAACCCCAGUAUCGGCAGCUUCCCCUGCCUCCAGCUACCCAUCCCCGAUCACCUCAUACCCUUCGCCAGUGUCCUCAUACCCCUCCCCUGUUACCUCCUGCUACUCCUCUCCUGUGCACUCCUACCCCUCGCCCUCAGUGGCCACGACCUACCCCACAGUCUCCAUGUCCAACACAUUUCAGUCGCAGGUAGCCUCGUCUUUCCCCACAUCAGUAGCCUCAAACAUCUACAGCUCCCCUGUGCCCACCCCUCUGUCAGACAUGCAGACCACACUUUCCCCUCGGACAAUUGAAAUAUGCUAAAACUGUUCUUACAAACUCUUUUUCAAGUCUUUGAAUCCAGCAUUGAUAAGACUUUGUUUAGCCUCCAAAAGCACUUGUGUGUAUGCGCCCUGUACAGUGUUAGGUGAAUCGCAGAUUUACAUGUAAGACGUGUCAAGGACUGGGCACAGACAAUAUGAAAUGAAAUGGGACUUUUUUCCACCUCCGAAAAGCAAAUGCAGCACUUCACAUGCAGAAGGGGCUGAACAAACAGGAGUUGAAGCCAGCACUGACGAAUCUUUUCGGUACAAAUCACAGACUCAGACAAUGCCAGCAGUGGCCGUGCUCGAUGCCUGCGCAGGCACAAGAGACACUGAAUCAUAUACAUAAGCUACAGUAUAUGUAUAUUGUACAUGUGCCAUGUUUUGUUUCAUCAUUCUUUGGUACCAUUGAUGUGAAAUUAUUGGCAUAUUUGCAUUGUAUUAUUUGAAGUGACAGGGCCAUAUUUUCUACAUUCUUUCUCUAUUAUAUAGUGAUGCUGUGAUAACGUUUUGUUUGAUAAAAGCACUUAGUAUUUAAGCAUGAGUAAGAGUGAUGUUACUUUCUGUUGUAAAUAUCAUCCACUGGUACUACCACAUGUAACAUAUCGCCUGGGUAAAUGGAAAUAGAGAAAAGAAAAACCUUUUCAAAAACAAAUGCUCCCGUUAUUUGGUGCCUUUGUGAAGCCUUGCUGUUGUAACGCGGCUGUACACGAGAGAAGAUGCUCGGCAUCUGGCCUUAAGGGUUAAGGGAAUAUUUUUGUUACAGAAUGUAGUCGUACUCAGAGGGAGAGAAGGGAAGAGCGCUGAGGGCACCGCUUCAUUUCAUUUGAAUGUAAGCAAAAAAGGACAAAAGUUCUAAAAUAUAUUUUUGUAAAACCUAAGUGUAAAUAUCCAUAUCUUCAAGAGCUGGAAUGUUGAAGUUACCUACUGAGUAGGCAUGGGAUUUUUGUAUGUUAUUAACAUGCAGUUCAUUAUUUUGUUGUUAUCUUUAUUUUGUAUUUGUGUUUGUUAAAACAAGUGACUGUUUCUGGCUUCUAAACACAUUGAAUGCGCUUAACUGCCAAUGGGAUAUUUGGUGUACAAGAUAUCCUCCCAGAAAUGAAAUAUAAAUAAAAAUAUGAAUAUAUGUA